GCCUGCCUAGGAACUGCGUGGAGAACCUUUACUCAUGCCCGGGAACCGUAUUUUGUGCGCCCAGAUCAACCCGCGUGACGAGGAGAGCCGCGAGACUGAGGAAGUAGGGACUUGAGAGAGAGAUGGCAGCAGAGCGAGGCGAGGGCUGCCCAGAGAAGAAGCACCCAGAAAGGAUCAGGGACACGGAUUCAGACGCUUCUGCGGCUGGGGAGGAGACUUGACUGUCGUUGGUGCGGGAAGAGCCAGGCGAUGAGGGGACUAGAGAGGGGUGAAGCUGCAGGUGACAGUGGACCUAGUUGGGGCGGGAUAACUGGCCCGUCGGAGGGAAUACAGAAAGCAGGGUCUGGAGUACCGAAAGCAACGGGAAGUGAGGGGACACGAGCUGAGCUUCCAUUGUGUGGAGGGUGGCUGGAGAGAAAGAAAGGCUGGUGGAAGGUGUCAAGGAGAUAGUGCAGAAUGAGGGCGGGAGAGGCUAGAUAAGGGAGGAGUUGAUGGGUUAAUAGGGUUAUUGUUAUUGAGCUUGCCUUUUUGUUGAAAAAGCUUUGCUUAAAUGUUGGUGGUGAGAAAGAGAAUUGCAAAAUGUGUAUCUAACGGGUACGUAUUGUGCAGGACAUGUUGGCACACACCAGUAAUGUCAGCGUGUGGAAGCAAAGCUGGGGUAGGAGUAUAGACAGUUUAAGGCAGCCUGGAAAAGAUAACUUAAGGCACUUUCCAAGUGAGUAAAUAAUGUUGAGGUUUAGACCUUCUUCAGCCAGAACAGUGAUGUGACUCCUUUGGACAAGGUCACUCUUUGGUUUCACAGGUGUGGUAUGGAGGAGUGGUGGGAUGUUUUCCUCUUUUCUAAAAGUGUCAACUUUCUUGUUGUCUCUCCUGCAGUAGUUUAUUCCCUACAGCCCCUUGCUGCGCUAAAAAGGUCCAUCUUUCUGCAUGGUGAAUUCCUCCCAGUGACUCUGGCUGUGGUACAGGAAGUGGGUGCCUUGCUUAGCUGGGUUGAAUGUCCCUGUAAUCCCAGCUCGCAGGAGACACAGGCAGGAGGAAGAUGAGUUCAAGUCCAGUCUGGGCUGUAUAUUGUGCCCUCAUCUCCAAAAGGGAAGGGAAGUGGCUGUGUUUAUCUGGAACAUUAUAUUUUACUAUUUUUGAGAGAAGGUUUUGCUAGUUCUACGAGUUCCAUAAGGCCUGAAAAUCACUAGCCUGACUGGCCUUGAGUUCACAAUCCUCAGCCUUUAGUGCUAGCAUUGUAUAUGUAUGCAGGCCCAUUCUCUUUUAAUAUUAUUCAGAAAAUUAGGGUUUUAUUAAUGAAAGCACUUCACAAACCUUUGAUAUCUUAACUGUGUGCUUUUGGUAUUCAGGACUGACUUCUGAAUACUCAAGUUACUCAAGGAAGAAACUGGGAGGAGGAGGAGAAUGAAGAAACAGAAAGAACCAGUAAUGUCUGCCACGAAGGGGAAGUUGACUUUCAGUGAUGUGGCCAUAGAGUUCUCUCAGGAGGAGUGGGAAUGCUUGAACCCUGCACAGAGAGCUUUGCACAGGGAUGUCAUGUUGGAGAACUACAGCAACCUGGUCUCCCUCGGAGUCACACUUCCUAAUCUGAAUAUUAUGUCUAUGUUGGAAGAAGAGAAAGGGUCCUGGAUCGUGGAGAGUAAGGCAGUAAUAACCAGAAAACCAAAUGGACAAGAAUAUGUGAGGACAGUCAACUCUCUUGAACAUAUAAUUAAAGAUUUGACACUAAAAGAGAGCAGCAAUUCAGGGGAAAUAGACCAGACAGUGGUGUCAGAAAGAUAUAAAAGCAGUGGCACUGAAGACUGUUCCUUCAGAGGACUCCAGAAGAACGUACAGGAUUUUGAGAGGAAAAACAGUGAAAGGAGUUAUAAAUUCACCCAUAGAAGACAUCAAGAUUGUAGAAAGAAUACAGGAAAACGCCUUAGGAACUUACUUGAAAUGCAGCCAUUUCCAUCUAUAGAGAAUAUUGAUGAUGAUGAACUUAAGUCUAUCACCAGUGGCUUUUCAAUUUCAUCAUCUGAACAGAUUUCGUCUAUUGGUGUCAAAGCUCACAUUGUUCCUGAAUAUGAUGUUUAUUGUUCACUACUUAUGAAAAGACGCAAAGCACACAUUAAGGAAAAACCUUAUCAAUGUAAUGAGUGUGGCAAGGUCUUCAGUUAUACUUCUUCUCUGGCACAUCAUCGGCAAAUUCAUACUGGAGAGAAACUUUACAAAUGUGUCCAAUGUGGUAAGGCUUUUUUUCGACGUUCUUACCUUUUGGUACAUGAGAGGCAUCACACUGGAGUAAAACCUUACAAAUGUAAUGAAUGUGGCAAGGUCUUCACACAGAAUUCACACCUUACAAGUCAUCGGAGAAUUCAUACUGGUGAGAAACCAUACAAGUGUAAUGAAUGUGGCAAAGCCUUUAGUGUUCGUUCAAACCUAACUAAUCAUCAGGUAAUUCAUACUGGUGAAAAACCUUAUAAAUGUAACGAGUGUGGCAAGGUCUUCAGUCAGACUUCAAGUCUUUCAAUUCAUCGGAGAACUCACACUGGGGAGAAACCUUACAGGUGCAAUGAGUGUGGGAAAGCCUUUAAUUCACAUUCAAACCUAAAUACCCAUCAGAUAAUCCAUACUGGAGAAAAACCCUACAAAUGUUCAGAGUGUGGCAAGGUCUUUACUCAGAAUUCACACCUUGCAAAUCAUUGGCGAAUACAUACUGGAGAAAAACCUUACAAGUGUAAUGAGUGUGGAAAGGCUUUUAGUGUGUAUUCCAGCCUCACUACCCAUCAAGCAAUCCAUAGUGGAGAAAAACCUUACAAGUGUGAUGAGUGUGGCAAGGUUUUCACGCAAAAUUCACAUCUUGCAAGUCAUCGUGGAGUCCACAGUGGGGAGAAACCUUACAAAUGUGAAGAAUGUGGCAAAGUCUUCAGUCAGACUUCAAACCUCUCAAGGCAUUGGAGGGUUCAUACUGGGGAGAAACCUUACAAAUGCAAUGAAUGUGGCAAAGCUUUUAGUGUGCGUUCAAGCCUAACUUCCCAUCAGGUAAUCCAUACUGGAGAAAAACCUUACAAAUGUAAUGAAUGUGGCAAGGUCUUCAGUCAGACUUCAAGCCUUGCAAUUCAUCAAAGAAUUCACACUGGAGAGAAACCUUACAGGUGCAAUGAGUGUGGGAAAGCCUUUAAUUCACAUUCAAACCUAAAUACCCAUCAAGUAAUCCAUACUGGACAAAAACCCUAUAAAUGUCUGGAAUGUGGCAAGGUCUUUACUCAGAAUUCACACCUGGCAAAUCAUCGCAGAACCCACACAGGAGAGAAACCUUACAAGUGUAAUGACUGUGGCAAAGCCUUCAGUGUGUACUCAAGUCUGACUACUCAUCAGGCAAUCCAUACUGGAGAAAAACCUUACAAGUGCAAUGAAUGUGGUAAAGUCUUCACUCAAAAUUCACACCUAGCAAGUCACCGUAGGACUCAUACUGGAGAAAAACCUUACAAAUGUGAUAAGUGUGGUAAAGCCUUUAGUGUGCGUUCAAGCUUGACUACCCAUCAGGCAAUCCAUACGGGAGAAAAACCUUAUACAUGUAGUGUGUGUGGCAAAGUCUUUAGUCGAAGUUCCAACCUUGCAAGUCACCGGAGACUUCAUAUUGGACAGAAACAUAAGUAACUGUAGCAAGGCCUUCAGCCCCAAUUCACUUGCACAAUAUCCAGGAAUUCAGUCUUAAGAAAAUAUUAAUUUAAAUGAUAGAACAACACUCAUCAAGAGUUAAAGUACAUCACUGGUUAUGGUUGUAUGCAUGCAAACCACACACUUGUCAGACAGUUGUGGGAUUUACCAGAGGAAUAAGUCUUCAUCUUCCAUAGCUAAUCUUUGAUGUUACAGGCAACAGAAUAAUUGUUAAUUGCAGAACAAUUAAAGUUCAGAAUAGGCUAAAACUAUACACAUACACACACACACACACAUGUUGCAAGACUACAUUGAUAUACCUGGUUGCCUUCAGGAUAUAAAUUAGUCAUUGUUUUGUAUUUCCCUGCAAAGUCUUCCUUAUAAUUUAUGAUUGUCAGCCUCAACUUUGUGAUGGUACAGUUCUUGCCCCAGGGCCUUUUUCUUGCAUGCUCUGGGAAAAACAGGAUGAAAAAUCACAUUAGUAUGAAAGGAGCAUGUCUAUAAUUUCUGAGAAUGGCUCCACCUUUUGAAUUAUCUAUUGCUUAACUUAUUGUUUUGUUUUAGUUGUGAUUGACCCUAUGACCAAAGCCAACUUGGGGACUAAAGUGUUUAUUUCAUCUUAUGGAUUAUAGUUAAUUAAGAUAAACCAGAGCAGGGGCUUGAGUAGGAACGUGGAGGCAGGAACUAAGGUAGAUAAUGGAGAAGGUAUGCCUGCUGGUUCACUUUUCAUGGCUUAACUUCCCUUAUACAACCCAGUACCACCUAGCACGGGGUGGUAGUGCCCAAAUUGGACUAGGCCCUCCCAGAAAACGUUUGUCAGAUAUGCUCAGAGUCCAGCCUGAUGGAGGCAAUUUCUUAAAAGUCCCUCUUUCCAGGUAAUUCCUGGGUGUCAGGUUGACAAGAUCUAAACAGAACAUUUAUCAUCUGAAAGGCAUGGGAUAUUGUAAAACUGCAAUGCAAAGUUUUCAAGUUCAUUGUGUAAUUUGGAGGCUAUCUGUGUGACA